AUGUCCAAGUCUAAAGCCAACAAUUCAUUGAAUAAAGUCGACAAAGAAUAUCCUUGUUUAUUAGAAUUUCAGAAUCACAAUCAUAGAUCCGAUGUGGGAGAAGCUCUACGUACCAGACCUUUGGGAGAAGAUACAAAAAAGGCUAUACUUGAGUUAUUUCAAAGAGGGCAUUCUGUAGCAUUCGCUUAUCACACGUAUUGCACCACGAAAAUGGAAGAAUUGGGUGAUGAGUAUAGCGAUAAAAUAAGCGAUCGUCAUUAUUUCCCGACAAAAACCGAUGUGCGAACACUCUGGACUACUGAUUUCAUAUGUACUGGAUUUGAAAGAUAUUAUCAACAACGAAUUCUUGAUAUUGUCUUAAAACGUGAAAGUAAAGCAAUUCAAGAGAGAUAUCUGCCAAAACAGUUAGUGGAAAAUGCGAACCUAAAAGACAUAGGAAAUCAUCAAUAUGAAGUUACAAUAAAUACUCUAACCCUCGAAAAUAAAAUAUUGUUUUAUCAAAUUGCUACCGGCAAAGAACCGAAAAAGACAUUAUUUUGUCCACUACAGUCACCUGGAACUAUAGAGACCUCUUUUACACCAGAAUUAAUUAGUCCCAAUGAAGUGGAUCCUUCUACGAUAGAACCAGAGCCACUGCAAGAAAUUAACGUGGUAAAAAACUUGGCCUCGGAUAUUGAAGCAACAAAGACUGCAUGGUUGGAAUACAGUAAUACAAUUUUGCAGCAUCUUAAAAAUGAUCCGGAACAAUUCUUACCAGCUGUCAAUCGACAUUUGGAUAAUUUUAAAAAAUAUGCUAUUUCUGUACCAUCUUUAAUAUCAGGUCUGUACACAUCAUAUAAGUAUAAAGGAUCAAUCAAAAUACAAUCAGGCAACAUAUAUCCUAAAAUUGUAAGAAGAGGAGUAAAAAUUAGCGUUCAGCCAACAGCCGUUUCCAGGCGAAAAAUUAAAAUGUGCGGCAAAAGAAAACUCGUAGGAAGACCUUCUUUUAGCAGCAAGAAAAGCAGUGUAAGAGCUCCGCAUUCACUCAAUUUAUGUGUAGAGAACAAUCGUGGUUUGGGAUCCAACAAAGCCAUAAAGUCUUAUUUCAGUUCAGAUGGUAUUGAAUAUAAUUUGGGUAGAGUACCAAUUGGUUGCUCGGACUUUUCCACUCAUGGAUAUAGCUACGAUGACUCAUCCUUUCCGGAUCCCCAAUUAAAUGGUUUUAAUUUAGUUCCUGAAGACAUUGUAUAUAAGAUACCAAUUAUUAAAGAGGCAAACCGAUUAACAAACGAUACCUUACACUUGAUGGGAGUAUCUUGGACGUCACCAAAAUGGAUGAAAGUCAUCCCUGAAUAUAUAGCAAUGUUUGGAGAAAUUAAAAGAGACAUGUUUCAAUCUUGGGCAGAUUACCAUGUAAAAUUUUUGGAUGCAUAUGACGAUAAUAACAUUACAUUUUGGGGAAUAACUACUGGAAAUGAACCCAGCAUUGGAUAUACUCCGGUAGUAAUACCUAUAGUCGCGUUCACUGCACCGUUACUGAAAUCCAAAAAUCCAAAAAUUGAAAAAUCGAAAAAUCCAAAAAUCCAAAAAUCGAAACAAAAUUUCCGUAACGAAAUACCCUUAACUCCGACCGGCUCAGCGAUGUUUGAAAAUAAAGGAACAGAAGAUUAUAUAGAUGGUAUCGCUGUGCACUGGUAUUUUGAUAAGAUAUCACCACCUUCAGUAUUGGAUGACACACAUAAUAAAUAUCCAGACAAAUUUUUAAUAAUGACAGAAGCUUGUAGAGGACAAAUACCAUUUGAGAAAAAAGUAGAUCUAGGUUCUUGGGAUAGAGCAGAAGAUAUUGCUGGUGGGGUGAUAGAGAAUUUUAAACAUUGGGUAACUGGUUGGGUGGAUUGGAACAUGGCAUUAAAUGAAGGAGGUGGACCUAGUUACGUUUCAAACUACGUUGACUCUCCAAUAAUUGUCAAUUCAAGUUCUCAGGAAUUUUAUAAGCAGCCCAUGUUCUACGCAUUGGGCCAUUUCUCCAAGUUUAUUCCGCGUGGGUCGAUACGGAUUGAUGUUUCUCAAUUUUCUUCGGACACUCAAACAAUAGCAUUCAAAAGACCUGAUGGUGGAGUUGCGAUAAUUAUUUUAAAUAAGUAA